AUGUCAAUUUUUAUAUUGGUACAAUGUUUCUGUUUCAUCAGCGCAACUAUGGCCGGAUCAGCGGCGGAGGUAAAAGAAUUAUUUCUACAACAAAUCACUGAAUGUAACAAGGAGCAUCCUAUAAAUGCUGAGGAAAUUAACAUGCUACAAAAACACAUAGUCCCCGAAAGCAAGACUGGUAGAUGCCAUUUAGCAUGCCUUUUCAGAAAAACAAAAUGGAUGGACGAAAAAGGAAUGUUCGUGUUGGAAAAUGCGGUUAAACUAGCAGAAGAAAAACACCCCAAAGACUCGGCAAAACUAGAAAAUUCCAGGAAUCUGUUCGAACUGUGCAAGAAAGUAAACGAAGAGACUUUCAGUGAUGGAGAAGAAGGCUGCGAAAGAGCUGCAAAGUUAUCUACGUGCUUAACAGAGAACGCGAAAAAGUUCGGUUUCCAGUUGGAGUAA